CCAUACACGAUAUAUGCGUUUCGUGUCCAAGGACUGGCCAUCCAAGGAUGAGUGACUCAGAGGGUUUAGUCGGCGCGGCCGCCACCCCGGCCGGCCAGGAUCUCGUUGAUGGCUUCAAGCGGCCGUUGGCGGCAGCACCUCGCCGCAAGCGCUUCCGCAAGACGGUGCUGGACGAGGACAACUACAUCCGUGAGCUGGAGGGCAUCGUCGAGCGGGACUACUUCCCCGACCUGAAGCGGCUGCGCGCUCAGGACGAGUACCUGGCGGCGGUGCAGUGCGGUGACGCCCCGCGACAGCAGGAGCUGCGCGCGCGCUACGGCUCGGGCGCGCGGCCCGACACGGCUCAGUCGUGGUCGACGGAGGCACCGGCCGUCCCAGAGACGCCCACCCCGGGUGGAGCCGUCGACCGGGCCGAAGACGAGCCGGCCCAGCCGCUCUCGCUCAACCAAUACCUGGCCACGCACACCAGCGAGGACAACGAGAGCUUCGGUGAGAUGAUGGCCGAGGCGAGCCGCCGGCACCGCGUGCGCCACCCCUGGCUGUACGCGGCCGAAGCGGCGCACAACGACCGGCAGGCGGCGCUACUGUCGCUGGACGUGCCUUCGCUGGAGGAGCAGGCGGACGGCGGGCCGCGGCCCGGCCAGGUGGCCACUUGGCGCUACCGCUCCGAAAACGACCUUAUGUACGCGCCGCGGGGGCUGGCGCUGACCGCCGAGGACAAGAUCGAGCGGUCCCGCCUCCGUCAGGAGAUCGAUGUGGCCAACACGCGCUUCAAGAGCACGCCCUUCAACGAGGCGGAACAGCGGGCGGAGGUGGGUCGCGCGGCGCAGGUGCAGGCGCGGCGCCGCCUCGGCGGCAAGGUGGAUGUGGACGGCCGUGAGGUGGUGGAGCCGGCCGGCCGUCAGCUUCUGCGCACGCCCUCGCCGGCGCCCGGCGUGGCCGAGUCGCCGCUGAUGACCUGGGGUCAGAUCGACGGCUCGCCCUUCCGCCUGGACGGCGGCGCCACGCCGGUCGCCGCGCCCCCCGCCAGCCCGUUCCGGAUUGUGGCAGCCUCGCGGCGCGAGCAGCUGGCGCUGGCGCUGGCCGAGCGCGCCUCGUCGCGCCACCGCGACAAGAAGGGCCGCGCACUGGAGGCGGCGCGCCGCCACGUGGCGUCGCCGUCGGCCGCCGCGCUCGACCGGCUCGCGUCGCUGUCGCCGGCGGCGCGGCGGCUGGCGCGCGCCGGCCGCUCCGCCGACCGCGCGCUGCGCGCCUCCUACACGCCG